AUGUGCAUUUUUCCCCGUGAGGGUAUAAUCAGCUUGUACUAUGAGUCGGAAAGAGGGCAACAGAGGAAGAUCCCGGAUUUGCCAUACUCUAAAUUACUGGCGACUGUGUAUCCUACACUGACUUUGGGCCUGGGCCUGGCCGCACCCUCGCCCGAUGAACACAUCAAAUCCAGCGAGUCAAUCGCCCAUUGGCCUGCUUUCCCUGACGCAGUGGAAGAGUUCAGCUAUUUGCGCAAAUAUUACAAGCUGGUUGUUUUGUCCAACGUGGAUCGCGCUUCCUUCGCAAGAACCAACGCCGGCGGCCUGCAGUCUGAUCUUGUCACUACAGCAGGGGACAUAAGCUCCAAUAAACCUGAUUUGCGCAACUUGAAAUACAUAUUAGACUCUGCGAACUCGGCGUUCGAUAUUGAUGCCGACCAGGUUCUCCAGACGGCGCAGAGUCAGCUCCAGGAUCACCACCUCGCGCACUAA